GUAUUUCUUGAUAUGAGAAAGGGAGCAUAGUUUCAGCCAGGAUCCGCUUUCAUGCCUUCUUUGAGCCAAAUAAUAGACGCAUUCACCUUCUAACAUAUCAAUCAAUAUAGUUCCUAAACCCCUUCAAAGCCAUCUUUUGCUUCAAACCUUGGCAGAGAACGGAAACUCGAGCGGUCAAUGUGACGUCAAAUUUUUCCACAAGGAGAAACACUCACCUCACUGUACCUCUUUCCGUGUCAUCUCACAUCAGGUAAUACACCAUCAGCAUUCAUGGCAUCGAAGUAUUACUGUAUCGGCGCCGGAUUCUGUGGAACAGUCUGGGCCAUCUCUGAUGAUGGUCAAGCUGUCAAGCGAGAAGAUGGCGGUCCAGACAGGUCUCUCGCUAACGAUUAUGCUAUGCAUCAACGGAUCCUCCAGAGCUUUUCCCGACUGACAGACAUUAAACGAAGAUCCAGUAUCCACCAAACAUUCCCCCAAGUCCGGGUCUCGCAGUGUCAUCACUUCAUUUCUCCAAACGAUCAGUGGUGGACAGAAAUUCUCCCCCUCUUCCCAUCGCAGUACUCACCCUGCAAUGCCAUCGUCUCAGACCGCAUUCCCCCAUUUCCCAAGCAGACCAGAACACUCGUUGUUAAUAAAUACUGCAACCCAGCGAUACAAACAGAGAUACUGACAAGUGCCGCCAAUAGAGACUGUCUGAUACGGCCAUACCUGGGUAGACGACGGACGCAGAGGACCGAGGUUAGCAGACCCUCGAGGUUUGCAGCAUUCUCACUGAGAAACUACCCAUUACACGAAGACCAGAUGGAAGAUAUCAGUAUACCGACCGAAGACAUGCAGAGAUAUGCUCGUAUGAUGGGUGAGGCAUUGGCAACUCUACACUGGCUCGGUGAGGUGGAUGGAAAUGAUAUUGAAUUUGUUCUGGCUCCUCCCCCUUUUCACGAAGAAGAGCCCAACACCAACACAAUCACCAAUGUUCUUGGUCGGCAUACUAUGUGGAUGCUGGACUUCGAUCUGUGUCGAUAUAUGCCCAUGAGCGAUGCUGGGGUCCAGCAGGCUGUUACUUCUUUUUGGCGCAAUGACCCGUUCUACCCCCGACCGCAGAGCAAGCUGUGGGGUGAUUUUCGCGAGCAAUAUCUGAUGAGUAGCGAAGAGAUCAUGAACAAGUACAGUCAGGUUGAUAUCGAUCAGCGACUACCUUUCGCUCGAGAUUUCAUUGGAUUGAUUGAGACGAAAUAGGAUUACAAC